UUAAUACCAUAAGUACUAUUACUACUACUACAAAGUGCCGUCCCCCCACAAUAGAGCUCGCUUCCCAAGGCCAAGCAGCUCUGUUGGUAGUCGCUAGCUUAUCCCCUCGCAACUAUGUCCAAGCGCGCGCACUCAAAGAUCUCUUCGAGCGGCGUGCUCAACAGUAUGUUGAACUCACUGUCGCGCACCAACGAGUCAACUCUCACGGCCAAGAAGGCGGAGGCGCAGGUUGCCAAACUCACGGCCGGCCGUGGCCAGACUAUCUCUGUGGACGAAAACUCAGCCGCGCCCGAUGCCGCCAUUGCCCAGUUCCUCCAGGAUAUGCGCGCUGUCAUCGACGAAAAGGGAUUCGGUGCCAAUGUGGAGGUGGAACUGCGGCUCGGUCGCAUCUCAUCUUGUCUGCAGGACGCACGCUGCCGUCCUUCGCAGGAGGGCGUGGACGCCGCCGUCGUGCUUUCAGACGAGCAGAUGAAGGCUGUAGGUGCCAAGUUCGUGCCCGGUGUAACCGAGAUGGACUACAAGAGCUUCGUGCGUGGUGUAGAAGGCAUGCUGCGUGGAGACGCGUACUCGAAGCACAAGGAGAAGCAGGUGGUGCACAACAUGGCACAAUCCAAGCGUGUGGUGCAGGAUGUUGAUCCUCAGACCAACAUGCGUGGCAAGCCCAUGGUGCAGGUGAAGGAGCGCCUCGGGUCCAUCGACAUCUUCAUGCCACAUUGCCAGUACGACUGUCGCGUGUCUAUCUCAUGCGAGUUUCCUAUGCGUGAGCUCGAGGGGGACAUGAGCGAGAUGCCUGCGGCUGAGAACAUCCGCCACAAGGACCGCGUAUCGGCGGUCGGACGAGACUUGCGUGUAGACCUCACUAAGGUACUCGAAGAGAGCACGAACAAGAAGUUGUUCGAGGUUGAAGUGGAGCUGAGUGAGCCAGCGGUGAACGGAUGGCUCGGUCAGCCGGACGAAAAUGGCCAGAGCUGGAAGAGCGCUAUAGAGACGUCGUCGUUGCUCUGGAAGAUGGUCAAGUACUUCAUGCCAAACUCGGGCCAGGCAUUCAAACGCCAUUGGGACUUCCCAGGCGCGACGGAGGCGCAGAACGCCUACCAAGGUCGACUGGGCAUUCGCGGCAAGUUUAGUGGCACGAUGCCCGUGGGGUUUGCACGCUGGCACAUUCCACUCGUGCAAAGUCGCGAGUACUUUGUUUCUGAGAAAACGGAUGGUGUUCGCUACUUUCUGGUUGUGGCUGGAGGCACCACGGUGCUGGUAGAUCGGUCCAACUCGGCUUUUGCUGCGUCUGGUUUGGACUUGUUGAAGUUGGUAUUGCCCGAAGGCACGGUGCUUGACGGCGAGCUUGUGUUCCACCAGAAGGAUAAGCGCUAUGUGUUCAUUGCUUUCGACAUCAUCGCGACGGGUCCAUCUGCUGAGGACUCCCAUGUCGAAAAGCCAUUCGUUGAGCGCCUUCGGAUACUGAAUGAUUUUCUGUCGGAAGAGGGACCUUACGCAUCGGGCAUUCGCAACCUGGACAUCAAUCGUCAUGCGAUAUUACCCAUUCUGCGCAAGAAAUGGGUGCCACAUCGCCACAUUAUGGAGGUGUUCCGCCAGAUCCAGCGUGUUCAGAAGCGUGACCACAGCCUUGGUCGCAUCUACAGCGACGACAAGCGCGUUCACUAUACGGACGGCGUGGUGUUCUGCCCGAACACGAAAUACGUGACCAACACGAACCAGGAAUACCUCAAGUGGAAGUGGUCGGACCUCAUCACGGUGGAUUUCCUGGCCACGGUGAACCAGGCAGGCGACGGCGUCCAGUUGUCAUGUGGUGGCCCUCGCAAUACUCACAUCGAGCUGGAUUCGAUUGUGCGGUUGGACCCGAAGGAUGUACCCGUGGUGCACAAACUGGUAUCGAGGACGCCCAACCGCCAGGCAGUGCUGGAAUUCGCCUUUAACGCUGAUAAGGGUCUCUGGAACUACAAGUGCACACGACCGGACAAAGACUGCGCCAACUACAUCCGUACGGUGCUCGGCUCGCUUGUAAAUAUGGCUGAGGGCAUCUCGGAGGAGGAGCUCCAGUACCGACUCACGAACCCGAACGGCCAGGAAUGGAACAACCACAUGAAGCGCAUGCGUCGCUCGCUUCUCGAACAGCACAAGUAAGUAUUAAAUGUUGCCAGCUACACGCCCGCGAGGAUAGACGCAAAUGUGCGGAAUCUAGCUAGCUUGCUCAUGAAGCCACCACAGGGUUAGAUAGCUCAAAGCUCAAACAAACAAAAACCAACAAGUUGCAAAAGUAAACCGUACUUUACACAGAAGUAUCGACAUUCUUCAAGC